UUUCUGGAAAACACUGUGCUUGUGUAACAUUAUUUCAGAAGUGUGAAAGCACAGCUGGAAACAGGAUUCUGCUUCUGGUUGGUUUUAUACUCUGAAACUAAAAUGUCGACUGUCGGAGCCAUGAAUCCUUCAUCGUAUGUCAUCCAGCUUCAACAACCGACACAAAUGGCACCGGUUGUGACUGCAACCAGUUCUUCUGUGCCUGUGCGCAUACAGCAUGCAGCAGGAGUUUCACCUCUUCUUGGAAUUCAGGCCUUUCUAAAAGGCCAACCAAAAGCCCUCGGGACUGUGCAGAUAAUGAUCGGUGUGGUGACUUUCCUGUUUGGAAUCGUGUCUACAUUAUUUGCUGCCGGUGGUGUUUCUUACGUGGCAUCUCUGAUAUACAUUACUGCAGGUUCGCUCUCCAUUGCUGCUGAAAACAAAAUUAAUUCACCAUCUGCUUUAUGUUUGGUGAGAGCUUCCCUCGGGAUGAACAUUUUCAGUGCUAUAGCUGCGGGCAGUUCCAUUAUUAUGCUUUCAUUGGGUUUGGCUUUUGGUCGCAUUAUCAGUCAGUGCACAGACUUCCAUUGUUAUGAAGAUACGACUAUUGUUUUAGGAAUCAAUGGUAUCUUUCUGCUGUUCUCCAUCCUUGAGUUCUGCAUCUCCAUCUCCCUGUCUGCGUUUGCCUGUAAAGUCGCCUGCUGCUGUAAACCUAAGAUUCCAGAGGACAGAGACCCUUUAAUUCAACACCCUCCUGCAGAAAUCCCCCAACAGUACAUUCAAUACCCUCAAGGAAUCCCCCAGGAGUACUUUCAAUGUCCUCCUGCAGAAGCUCCCCCAGCGUACGCUUCAGGCAAAUUAAUGUGAAUCGAUAUGUAAAAACUGGGCAGAGCGGUGGUUCUGCUGCUUUGAAGCUGUGGUGAUUCUGGUUUUCUUGUGUAUCUGAUCUGAAUAAUGCACAUCAUCAGAUGAUGUGUAAAGUGAUUAUUAUAGUCAUCAACAUAGAUAUCACUGUGUAUUUUACAUGUGUAUUUUUGUGAGUUUUUCUACUACUUGUAUGUAUUUUUCAAAUGUUAUUUGCAGAGGUGGAAAGAAUAAUAAAACCUUGUACUCAAGAAAAACAUUU